UAAUAAGAAGAAGGUUAGAUAGGUUAUCAAAUUUCUAGGUUAUGGUUAGAAAAUAUAAAUGUCAAUAUUUUUACUCAAAGAAGGUAUUUAUUUAUUAAUACAUCUGAGAAAUUUCUGAAAUGAAAGAUGUUGAAAUUACUUCGACAGGUGAAAUUAAAAAAAGUCCCAAAAAAUGUUCAAGUAGUUUCCAUUUGUAGUCACAAUAAUACUAGAUAUUUUGAGAAAAACAGUAUCUGUGCACCUAACUUUUCAAUAGUUUGGGCGAGAAAAUUGGCUUUAAGUAAUUUUAGUACCAAUGUUGUAGAUGAGAUUGAUAGUAAUACAUUUGAGAAAGUUUGUGAAAAAACUUUAGAAUCUCUUACAGAUUUUUUUGAAGAAUUAGUUGAAUCCAAUGAUAAGUUAAAGUCAGCUGAUGUCUCCUACAGCAGUGGAGUAUUAACUGUAAAUUUAGGACAAUAUGGAACAUAUGUGAUAAAUAGGCAGUCACCAAAUAAACAAAUUUGGCUCAGUUCUCCCAAAUCUGGACCAAAGCGAUAUGAUUUCGAAACUAAUGGCAAUUAUUGGGUAUAUAAACAUGAUAUGAAGACAUUACAUGGAUUGUUGCAGAAAGAAUUGACAAAUAUACUAGGUGAAAAUAUUUAUUUAUCUGAUUGUGCAUAUUAUAAAUAAAUUUGUUAUUUUAA